CUCCUCUCAUGGCCGGCUCUGUGGGGCCGCACGGAGCAGUGGAUUUGGUCGGAGAGGGGAGCUGGGGAAAUCCAGGCACGGAGUGGCACAAGGAACCGAGUUAAUCGGCAUGAGGUGAUGGUUGUAGAAGCUAAAUGACGCCAUAUACACAGAGAAAUGGAGGUGUGAUUUAUGGCAGCGUGCUAGGACUAAUCCAGCGGAAGAGUCCAAAACAAACAGGGUUCGAUUAUUUGCCAUAAUGAAGAAAAUAAGUCUAAAGACUUUUCGCAAGUCUUUUAACUUGAAUAAAAGCAAAGAAGAAAAUGACUUUGUAAUGGUACCACAGCCAUCAAUGACAAAUAAUUUUGUGAAAGAUGACUCCUUGUUUGGCAGCUGCUAUGGCAAAGAGUUGACAGGAUGUGAAAUAAACAAUGAGGAUGAAAAGGGGGGCAAAAAUAGACCGAAAAGUGAAAGCUUAAUGGGCACUUUAAAAAGACGCCUAUCUGCUAAGCAAAAACAAAAAGGAAAGGGCGGUACAUCCAAUAAUUCUGCUGAAGAUGAUACUUUUUCUUCUUCUUCUGCACCUAUAACACUUAAAGAUGUAAGAGCUCAAAGGCCUUUAAGAUCAACAUCCCUCCGUACCCACCACUACAGUCCAACUCCAUGGCCCCUGCGACCAACCAAUUCUGAAGAUACUUGCAUAAAAAUGGAAGUGAAAGUGAAAGCAUUGGUACACUCCUCCAGUCCAAGCCCAGCACUGAAUGGAGUUAGAAAGGACUUUCAUGAGCUGCAAUCUGACAAUGUAUUUCAGGAACAAAGCAAUGCAUUGAAAAGUACAGAAUCUCAAAAUGGAGAUUUACAUCUACAUAUUAAUGAACAUGUGCCUGUAGUUAUAGGACUUAUGCCUCAGGACUAUAUUCAGUAUACUGUGCCUUUAGAUGAGGGAAUGUAUCCUUUGGAAGGAUCUCGUACUUUCUGUUUGGACAGCUCUUCCCCAAUGGAAGUUUCUGCUACAUCUUCUCAAAUUGGAAGUAAUAGUUUUCUUGAAGAAGAAAGUCAGGUGGCCCAGGAUGUAGUAGUGGCACCGGACAUCUUUGUGGACCAAGGUGUUAAUGGUCUGUCACAUAGCACCAGUGGAGUUCUUUUUCAGAACUCUAGGGUUAAUCACAAUGAAGUCCCUCCACUUUCACCAUUACUACCUCCAGCCCAGAAUAAUCAAAUCCAAAGGACCUUUGCAGGACUUAAUAGCACAGAUGUACACAUGGCAGAAAACAUGCGUUGCCAUUUGAAUUUUGAUCCCAGUACCGCUCCUGGUGUAAGCAGAGUUUAUGAUUCAGUGCAAAGCAGUGGACACAUGGUAGUCACAAGCCUCACAGAAGAACUUAAAAAACUUGCCAAACAAGGCUGGUACUGGGGACCCAUAACACGCUGGGAGGCAGAAGAAAAACUGGCUAAUGUGCCAGAUGGCUCUUUUCUGGUUCGAGACAGUUCUGAUGACCGUUAUCUGUUGAGCCUAAGUUUUCGCUCUCACAGCAAAACUCUUCACACUAGAAUAGAACACUCUAAUGGUAGGUUUAGCUUUUAUGAACAGCCGGAUGUGGAAGGGCAUACCUCUAUAGUGGACUUAAUUGAACAUUCCAUAAGGGACUCUGAAAAUGGAGCAUUUUGCUAUUCUAGAUCCCGGGUUCCAGGAUCUGCAACAUACCCUGUUAGACUGACAAAUCCGGUGUCAAGGUUUAUGCAAGUGAGAUCCUUGCAGUACUUGUGCCGUUUUGUAAUCCGUCAGUACACAAGAAUAGACCUGAUUCAGAAACUGCCUUUGCCAAAUAAAAUGAAGGAUUAUUUACAGGAAAAGCACUACUGAACUUGAGGAAAUUUUGCAACUUGCACUUUUGGGAACUAGAAAAAAUUAAUUGAAAUACCGUUUACAAACUUUUCAUCACUCUCAGAAUAUUUUGCUGCCAUACCAAUAUAUUUUGUUUAGAUAAAUGAGUGCAAUGCAUUAUUCUUUUCAUUUUUGUUUUAAAAGUAAACUGUCCAUUUUUUUUGAUGUGUGAAAUCACCAUCAUCUUUUUUACAGCAUUGAAAAAAAAUAAUAAUCACAAUGUGAAAUAUUAGAUUUUCCUAUUUUUUCAUGUUCUUAGCUGCUAUCCACUGUGACUAUUAUGCAUUUAAAAGCACAUAUUUCAUGUGUUCUUAACCACCGCUGACAUUAAAUUAAACCUAUAGAUUGGAUCUUU